UAGGGGUUAAGGUUAGGGUUUAGGAACGUCCGAAGGAUUCUAGAUUGCACUAACCGUAGUAAUGCUCUGCAGCAGCUGACACUUCUGUAGUCAGAAGUGAAUGCACAUUUUACAGUCUGGGGUCGCUAAGUAGCUAGCUCAGCAGCAGCAGCAAAAGCAGCAUCAUGGCGGAGCAAGGCGAAUCUCCGGCUCCUGUCCAGAAUCCGCAACCAGUGCUGACAACGAGCUGGCCAAUUACCAGGGAGUCGUACGAGUUACAGGAAGUCAUAGGUUAGUAGGCUACUUCUCCAUAGUGUAAUGAUAUAAUGUUUUAUCAUGGAUAUGACUCGGGCGGUUAUCAGUGGUGAAUGACGACGAGGGCCUACCGGCUUUUUCAUAUUCAACAGCGUCUCUUUAAUGCUUUGCAAUGCGGAUGUUAACAACCUCUAUUUCCUUGCUCUUGUAAGAGGAAACCACUUAUUUCAUCAUAUUGAGAGAUAUUUAUAGUCAUUGUAAAGUUGUGUUCAUAUGGGUAGGCAUUUAAUGUAAAUGCGUUUUUAAUGAAUUCGAUUUAGUCUAUGCCGAACGAUGCUCCUUUAUUGCACAUGUCCAGUAGGCUAAUAUUGAAAUAGAUGAGUCUAUGCAUGGAUGCAGUCCUCACGGGAAUGGCAUGUUAUCGUUCGGAAGAGCAGGGAUAUUGAAUUGCAUGCCACUCUGAAGUUAGAAAGAGGAUCUACUGUCAGGCUACAUAAAAAAAAAAACAUGAGGAACAUUCAGUUUUAAUAAAAGACAAAUGUUAUUAUGAAGAUUAUGAUUAUAAUGUUAUGCCUAUUAUGAUCAUGAUUAUGAUGGGUAAUAAGCUAUGCAAUUUUUUUGUCUACUUUGUGAGAAUGUUGUCACAGAUUAUUAGUUGACUCUGGAAAAGGAAAGACAAAUAGCCUAUAGACAUAAUUUAUAGGCCUUCUUCUGUCAAUGUAUUAUAAUAGUUGUAAAAAUAAUUAUAUACAUUUUAAGAUGUUGAUUUGCCUCACUGGAAGCAAUACAUCGUUUUUAUUUUAUAAUCCAUAGAUAAAACAUUACAGUGGAUAAGAAUGUUUAGUUUAUUGUUUCAGCAUGUCAGUCAAGUUUCAUAGGUCAUUGAGGUUUAUUUUCACUUCUAUUAGGUUACAUCAAGGAGUUAUAGAACCGGUUACAUUGUAACAAUACUGAGCUCACUCGCUGCUGGUCAGUGUCACUCUCUGCUUCCUCUACUGGUAAUAACGCCAGACUUCAUUUGGUAGGCCUAUAAUGCAGUUAUUCACAGUCAUUCCCCAAAUACUUGAGGUUUUCUGCUCAUUUAAGAAUUUCGGCACCUGUGAAUGGUGGGAGACAUUUGAGCUGACACUGACAGCUAAAGAAAGCCAUAUCAGUGCUGAUAAGGGAUAUGAGCUGCUGUGGCUAGUCAGUCAUCUGUUUUGUGCUUAUAAUCAACUGUUGAGCAGUCCGAUCUCCUCUCAUCCUUAUCUGUCACCGGCAGUUGGCAUGGUGUGUACUGUGUCACAUUCUUAGUACAAGACAACUAAAGCCUAGCAUGGCCUGGUUCUUCAAUAAACCCCUCUUCACAACUUUGUCUUUGGAUACACUGACUGUUAUGCAUAGGAAUUAGCAUAUGAUUAGAAAAUAUGUUUGCACAUACUGUAUUGGUUCAGUUCAGUUCUGAACUGUCAUGGAAUUAUCAUUUAAAUGUCACAGAAAACGUUUAAUAUCCCAAACAGACACACAAUGAUCCUGCAUGUGUCAAUGAUCCAUUAUGCUGUUCACCUUGGUCACAUUUGAUGUUACUGUACUGUCUCUUGCCCUGUUUUAUAAUUGCGCCUCUAUUUGUCUGUGAUUCCAGGCAGUGGGGCCACAGCCGUAGUGCAGGCUGCCCUCUGCACCCCCAGACAGGAACGCGUGGCCAUAAAGAGAAUCAACUUGGAGAAAUGCCAGACUAGCAUGGAUGAGCUAUUGGUGAGAGCAACAAUAAAUAAAGGCUAUAUUUUCAUUUUGUGUGACCACAGUGCCUCUGGCCCUCUCUGGCCCAUACUUUCCUGAUUGGGCUGUAAUUAGACUUUGGUGUUCUCUCUUGUGUGUGUCUAAUAGAGGCUGAGUAGGAUCUGUGAGGGCUGUGCUACACGCAAGUGUCCAUUUGAAUAAGAAAUUAGCCAUGAGUUACAGUAUUUGUUCACUUAAUUUUAGAGACGCAAAUGACCUAUGAACAAUCCUCGUUAUAAGAAAGGUUGUCAAAAGUUGUUAACUUUAAUUUGUUUCUCAUAUGAGCCUCUUUCCUCUCGUACAAUAGAAAGAAAUUCAAGCCAUGAGCCAAUGCAACCAUCCAAAUGUUGUCACCUACUACACCUCAUUUGUGGUAAAGGAUGAACUUUGGUUAGUCAUGAAACUUCUGAGUGGAGGUAAUAGAACUGCUAUCUCUUUUAUACUUCCACACUACACAUUGAAAGUGACCAUAAUAACAUAUAGUUCACUUUGGAUAAAAGCCUCUGCUAUAUGGCAUAUAUUAUUAUUAUUAUAACACUGUUAUAGACUAAAAUGUGACUCCUUUCACAAAUGUCAUGACAUUAUUCUCAUAAAAUGUUAACAAUCAUGUAACAAGCAAUUGUCCAUGCUUUUGAUCAGUUUACUGUAGACCUAUGUGCAGUGGCAUUAGAAGUUAAGUGUUAUCACACCAUGUACAGUAUAUGGCUGGGUUGAAUAUCGAACAUUGUAACAAACUUGCUUAAGGCAGAAUGAGUAAAUAGAACAGUUGACAUGGAAGGAUCUUAUGUAGAAAUUGACAUAUCUGCAUUGGUCAUUGUGGGCACUGUUUUUCUGUCUGCUUCCUCUUUUUAGGAUCCAUGUUGGAUAUAAUAAAGCAUACAUUUAGCAGAGGAGAGCACAAAAAUGGAGUUCUAGAUGAGCUCAUCAUUGCAACCAUACUAAAAGAGGUCCUUGAGGGACUGGACUACCUGCAUAAAAACGGACAGAUUCACAGGUAAGAUACCCUGGAGUCAGUGGAGGCCUAUUACAGCAUAUUGGAUGACUGUCAUUCAUAUUCCAUUCACCCAGCUCAAUGUAACAUCGAUAGGUUUAGGCUACUAUAUGAUACAAACAUUUUCCCUAUACCCAUCAUGAGGUUGCUACAACCUAGCCUAUGAAUGAAAGUUUACAACGUAGGUGCACAGGUCGAGAGAAAUUUGAGUAGGGCUGUCCCCGACAAAAAAAAAUCUUGGUCGACCUAGAGUUGUCUGUUCUUUCGACCAAUCGAUUGGUAGACAUUUUUAAACGUGUAUUUUUCCCUAUAUAGACACACCCUAUGUGUUUUAAUAAAAUCAACUAUACUUAGGCUACAGAGCUUGUCUGAUGCUUUAAGCACACUGUGAUUAAAUAAUUAAGACACACAAAUGACUCGAGGGAGCCAGAGAUCAAGAUAGCCUAACCAGAAGAGAAAAAAGCUGUUCCCAACCCUCUUCCUCCCGCUGCUGCUGGCCUUCACAGAUUCUGCUGUUACACUCCUGCUGUUAUGCUCCUAAUAGGCUACACCAGGGGUUGGCAACCUUUUCCAUUUGGAGUGCCAAUUUAUCUUACCAUUUCUACCGAUCUGUGUGCCAGUUAUGAUUUUUAUAUGCAAAUUUUUGUGGAACAGUUUCAUUUCAUUUAUAAAAAACGUCUUCCUAUCUCAAAAUCAUUAUCAUAUGGUAAUCAAAAUUCUAAAAGUAACUUCUAUUGCCAUUGCCAACUAUGUAAAAAUAGCCUACGUAAAGCCAACAAAUAAAAACAUUGAAAAUAUGCUGAUAAAAAUAAAUAUCCUAUUAAUCACAUUGGCUACACAUGGCAUGUCUGCAAGGAACUUGAAACAUUGUAUCAACUAUUAACUUGGGUCCAGCCUGAAGCUUAAACUAGCAAACUUGCAAUAUUGUAUAAAAUAUUCUGGGACCUCAGAGUUUCCAGCGCCAGUGAGCCCCGAACAGACAUAGCUGUAGGCUAUUUGCACAAGGGAUAAGAAGUAAUCAGGUAGGCCUAUUUUAUUUUGUUUCCACCUGAUCAGAGCUUGACAUUUUUUUCCCCCCUUUCACGCUGAGCGGUUAGCGAAAGAGAGCUGGAAAUAUUUUUCAAAUAGGCUACAUUGGGGAACUAUUGUCAUUCUCAAUGGAUGUAAAAACAGACUUCGUUUACUUGCUGUUUGAGGUGAAGAAAUGUUUAGUUCAAAAGUGGUGGUGAGUUAAGAAUCAGAAAUGCUAUCAAAUCCCCAAAUGGGCACAAUUAUAGGCCUACAUUUGCGUGCAGGCCAGGUAGCCUAGGCCUACUUCUAUGUAUAAGGUCUGCGUCCUUACUCAACAUUGACAGGAGAGCUACAAACAAACGACAAUGAAUAAAUUAACUCCUAAAUGGAAUGAAAUAAACCAAAACUUGUUCCUCACAAGGGUAGCCUAGGUUGUGCAGUCCGCAAACAACGUGUCCACUCCGACAAUGAGAACUGUAAAAUACUAUAAUAAUAAUAUAUUGAAUGCAUUAACAGAAAUGACCGUAACCAAACAAACAUUGUAGAUUAGAAAUUAUGGAAAUGAACGGUAAAUGUACUACUGGUGAUACUGGUGUGCCAUCCCUGUGGCCUCAGCAAUGGAUUAGUCCACUGAAACAGGCGUGAAUCAGCCGGGUGUCUCGUGCCAUAAUUUAAGAAAAAUAUAUUUUAGACUGCUCGACCAACAGCCUAUCGACCAAACAAUCGACCAGUCGACUAACGGAUCAGCCCUAAAUUUGAGUAAUCAAGGUGACAGAUAUUGACACAUUCAGUACCGCCUUGCACACUAUUGCCUGCAUCUAGCUGAUCUAGGGUGUAAUCAUAUGUCCAACAGUUGCAAACGAGAGUUUCUAUUGGACAAAUUCAGGUAUAUUUAUCCCCGUUUCGUUCCGUUUGCUUCUGUUUAAGAAACGUUUUUCAACAGAAUCGCCGGAAUGAAUACACCCCUGAUCACACGCAAACACAGUUCACUUUCAUAGCAGCCACAUAAAAAAAAGCAUGAUCCCUUUGAUCGUUGUAUUCUUUCUCGCAUCUACGCGCUCUCUUCUCACCUUUUCCCUUCGCUUGUGGACUUCAGUACACAACACAACAGAUUUCUGUGACCAGGAGGAAAAAACUUUCCAAGCCAAACCUUCAUAUCAUAACCGCUAACCGCUACACACAGCAUACAUCAUUGUCACCAUAUUAACGUCAUAGUCAACAUAGCUACAAGAACUAACACGUUAGUAAACCCCCUACAAUCAUGCAGUACAGUGUACAGUCAGCAGCAAGCAGUUUAGCAGGUACACCGGCGGGCCCCGGUGGCAAUAAAUGAAUAAAACCAAAAGCUUACCUUGACUUGGAAGCGUUCCAGAGUUGGAUAGCCAUAGCCAGCUAGCUAACAUAGCAUUCCGCUCUGUUUGAGCCAGGUGUUUGAGUAGGCUAAACUAGCUAGCUGCAUUCCCUAGCUAAGUAAGUGAAAGUGAAAUUGAAAAAGAAAUACAACAAAAUAUAGCUAUCUCUCUCUCUCUCUCUCUCUCUCUCUCUCUCUCUCGCUUCUCCUUAAUUUUUGAAACUGUUCAACUAUUGUCUUUCUCUAUCUUUGAGGCAACUACUCACCACAUGGAAUGCACUGCAUUGCUAGCUAGCUGUAGCUUAUGCUUUCAGUACUAGAUUAAUUCUCUGAUCCUUUGAUUGGGUGGACAACAUGUCAGUUCAUGCUGCAAGAGCUCUGAUAGGUUGGAGGACAUCCUCCGGAAGUUGCCAUAAUUACUGUGUUAUUCUAUGGAAGGGGGUGAGAACCACGAGCCUCCUAGGUUUUGAAAAUAGCUGUCCUCCGGCUACACCAUGGUGCUGUUGAGGCUACUGUAGACCUUCAUUGCAAAACCUUGUGUUUUAAUCAAUUAUUUGGUGCCGUGAAUAUAUUUAGUAUGGUUUUAUCUAAAAAUGAUAACUUUUUAAAUGUUUAACUAUUUUAUUUUUAUGAAAUUCACUGAGGAGGAUGGUCCUCCCCUCCCUACGCUGAGGAGCCUCCACUGCCUGGAGUUUGAAACAUUAAUUAUUUGCACAGGGUCUUCCUUAAAAGAGUGUAUAUAAAUGUUACAAAGUAUUAAUCUAUAAAAUGUAAUCUAAGAGUUACAUGGUAUUAGUUAAAUUGUGAUGACAUUAUCUACUGUUUCAAUGUGAUUUAUUGACAUAGAUUGUGUUCUUUGAACUUGCCUGGAUGUCAAGGUCAUAAAGAACUAAACCACUAUUACCCCCUUAGGCAGUGUUCCAAAUGACAGCAGGCUGCAAAACUAAUUUAUACACAUGGAUGCAAUCGAUCCUGCUCCACUUACGUAGAUAGAUACUGUUUGGGCAUGACUGGGGUGUUUUUGCUGUGUGUGUGUGACCUCAGGGAUGUGAAGGCUGGGAACAUUCUGUUGGGAGAGGACGGCUCUGUUCAGAUUGCAGGUGUGUGAGUAAUGUCUCUGUUACAUUCUAUUCUCACAGCUCACUGACUGACACAAUGGUAUGACUUUUUUAACGAUGCUUCUACACAUUCAGUUAAUUCAACAGCAUAAUCGACAUAAUGCCAGACUUCACCAGUCAAUAGUAGGAAUAGACUUGUAAAAUGGCAAAGAUUAAUAUAUUUUUGAAGCUAGCGAAUACACAGUAGUUUACAUAUUGACUGAGUGUUUCUUUUUCCUGUCCUGAUGACCUUUUAGCCCCACUCCUAUUGAGGAAGAAUAUCAAAAUACUGAGAUUAAAAAGCAAAUAUUUUAUUUAUUGGCUAGGAAUACAGCAUUAAUGUAGAUGUACCAGUGUAUAAGUGCAUUUAGUUCAACUCAGUAUAUUCUACACGAAAGAGACAUAUACAGUGGGGAGAACAAGUAUUUGAUACACUGCCGAUUUUGCAGGUUUUCCUACUUACAAAGCAUGUAGAGGUCUGUAAUUUUUAUCAUAGGUACACUUCAACUGUGAGAGAUGGAAUCUAAAACAAAAAUCCAGAAAAUCACAUUGUAUGAUUUUUAAGUAAUUAAUUUGCAUUUUAUUGCAUGACAUAAGUAUUUGAUACAUCAGAAAAGCAGAACUUAAUAUUUGGUACAGAAACCUUUGUUUGCAAUUACAGAGAUCAUACAUUUCCUGUAGGUCUUGACCAGGUUUGCACACACUGCAGCAGGGAUUUUGGCCCACUCCUCCAUACAGACCUUCUCCAGAUCCUUCAGGUUUCGGGGCUGUCGCUGGGCAAUACGGACUUUCAGCUCCCUCCAAAGACUUUCUAUUGGGUUCAGGUCUGGAGACUGGCUAGGCUACUCCAGGACCUUGAGAUGCUUCUUACGGAGCCACUCCUUAGUUGCCCUGGCUGUGUGUUUCGGGUCGUUGUCAUGCUGGAAGACCCAGCCACGACCCAUCUUCAAUGCUCUUACUGAGGGAAGGAGGUUGUUGGCCAAGAUCUCGCGAUACAUGGCCCCAUCCAUCCUCCCCUUAAUACAGUGCAGUCGUCCUGUACCCUUUGCAGAAAAGCAUCCCCAAAGAAUGAUGUUUCCACCUCCAUGCUUCACGGUUGGGAUGGUGUUCUUGGGGUUGUACUCAUCCUUCUUCUUCCUCCAAACACGGUGAGUGGAGUUUAGACCAAAAAGCUAUAUUUUUGUCUCAUCAGACCACAUGACCUUCUCCCAUUCCUCCUCUGGAUCAUCCAGAUGGUCAUUGGCAAACUUCAAACAGGCCUGGACAUGCGCUGGCUUGAGCAGGGGGACCUUGCGUGCGCUGCAGGAUUUUAAUCCAUGACGGCGUAGUGUGUUACUAAUGGUUUUCUUUGAGACUGUGGUCCCAGCUCUUUUCAGGUCAUUGACCAGGUCCUGCCAUGUAGUUCUGGGCUGAUCCCUCACCUUCCUCAUGAUCACUGAUGCCCCACGAGGUAAGAUCUUGCAUGGAGCCCCAGACCGAGGGUGAUUGACCGUCAUCUUGAACUUCUUCCAUUUUCUAAUAAUUGCGCCAACAGUUGUUGCCUUCUCACCAAGCUGCUUGCCUAUUGUCCUGUAGCCCAUCCCAGCCUUGUGCAGGUCUACAAUUUUAUCCCUGAUGUCCUUACACAGCUCUCUGGUCUUGGCCAUUGUGGAGAGGUUGGAGUCUGUUUGAUUGAGUGUGUGGACAGGUGUCUUUUAUACAGGUAACGAGUUCAAACAGGUGCAGUUAAUACAGGUAAUGAGUGGAGAACAGGAGGGCUUCAUAAAGAAAAACUAACAGGUCUGUGAGAGCCGGAAUUCUUACUGGUUGGUAGGUGAUCAAAUACUUAUGUCAUGCAAUAAAAUGCAAAUUAAUUACUUGAAAAUCAUACAAUGUGAUUUUCUGGAUUUUUGUUUUAGAUUCUGUCUCUCACCGUUGAAGUGUACCUAUGAUAAAAAUUACAGACCUCUACAUGCUUUGUAAGUAGGAAAACCUGCAAAAUCGGCAGUGUAUCAAAUACUUGUUCUCCCCACUGUAUUGUAUUUUUACAACAUGGGGGUUGACAAUAUUUGGGUCUUUCCACAGAAUGAGUGCCUUUUGUGUCCCUUUUAUAUUUUUUUGUAGAAAUUGUGCACCAAUUUCGAGCCUGUUAUAUUCAAUGAAGUGGCCUUUAAUAUAGACCACUGAUUUUUAAUAUGAAUAAAGACUUGCUAAAGUGCCAAAAUUCAGCAUUUUGACAUGCAUCUCCUCUGUGAUUUCUAGGGAGAUUUUAAUGCCCCUAACCCCAACAUUUCUGCAAGUUUUCACCAUCAUUGCAAAGCCAUAGUUAUUGUGUUGCUUUGACAAAGUAAUUUCUGAAGAUUAUUUUUAUUUCAAAUGAUUUUUGAUUCAUUUCAAGGUCAAAACCUGUCCCUCAUUUUAAGGUCAACCCUGUUACGUGAACUGAACUCUUGUUUUAAUAUGGUUAAAACUAUUCCUUUUUAAAUAUUUUUUUUUCAAAAGAGACUAUGAACAUCUAAUAGUAAAAUCAUAGUGUAAAUGCAGGUGAGCUGGUUCUACUCUUUUUGGCCAUUUUCUGGUGUUUUGUGGUGGAAAACUGGUGGAUCGAGCAUAACACUUCAACGAUGUUACCUAUAGAUAGACAGGCUAGAAAUGUUGUAACUAUUUCAUUUUUUUGUGAAGCUUGCAUUCAAGCCUGUUACAGUCAACCCUGUUACUUUAUUUGGCACAUAAUAGGCACUUACUAUAGUAUUUUUUUUAAAAAAAAAAUUUAACCUCUUGAGAUGGGAGAACGUGUUUUUUAUUAAGUUGAACAUGUGCUCUUUAUGACAGAAUGCUAAAAUUAGGUGAAAUUGGAACGACCAAUUUACUGAAUAACAUUAACAUAAAGGUAGUCAAACAGGUCCCCCAUCAUAAAUCACUGGAGGCCUACAGUCUCUCAUGUACUUGGAUGACCUUUAGCCUACAAACACUGCAAGGAGAACCAUUCUAACAUGAAUGCAACUGAAGAUCUUGAGUGUGCACAAUUUGUAUAAGGUGUAUAACAUGAAAUAGUUAUGAAAGACCUCUUAAUGGUUUGAGUAUAUUUGAGCAAAUACCGCAAAGCAUUAUUAUCCCUUUCUAUAAGAUGUUAAUGAGGUAUAACAUUGACAUCCACACAUGUCAUCUGAAUUAUCCAAUGUUCCCCAUAGAUUUUGGAGUUAGUGCCUUUUUGGCCACUGGAGGAGAUAUGACCAGAAACAAAGUACGGAAGACCUUUGUGGGCACACCAUGUUGGAUGGCCCCUGAGGUGAUGGAACAGGUGAGACUAUCUUGUGGCCAGUUUUAGUAACAUCUACUAGCUGUUCACAUACACUGGACAAUACUAACAGUAAUGCCGCCAUGUCCACAGGUACGAGGCUAUGACUUCAAAGCAGAUAUUUGGAGUUUUGGAAUCACUGCCAUAGAGUUGGCCAACAGGGUCUGCACCUUACCACCGAUACCCACCCAUGAAGGUGAGCCUGAUCACUGCAUAUCUAGGUGCCAGACAGGAAGCGGAAUAUGCUUAUACAGUGGGGAAAACAAGUAUUUAGUCAGCCACCAAUUGUGCAAGUUCUCCCACUUAAAAAGAUGAGAGAGGCCUGUAAUUUUCAUCAUAGGUACACGUCAACUAUGACAGACAAAUUGAGGAAAAGAAAUCCAGAAAAUCACAUUGUAGGAUUUUUAAUGAAGUUAUUUGCAAAUUAUGGUGGAAAAUAAGUAUUUGGUCACCUACAAACAAGCAAGAUUUCUGGCUCUCACAGACCUGUAACUUCUUCUUUAAGAGGCUCCUCUGUCCUCCACUCGUUACCUGUAUUAAUGGCACCUGUUUGAACUUGUUAUCAGUAUAAAAGACACCUGUCCACAACCUCAAACAGUCACACUCCAAACUCCACUAUGGCCAAGACCAAAGAGCUGUCAAAGGACACCAGAAACAAAAUUGUAGACCUGCACCAGGCUGGGAAGACUGAAUCUGCAAUAGGUAAGCAGCUUGGUUUGAAGAAAUCAACUGUGGGAGCAAUUAUUAGGAAAUGGAAGACAUACAAGACCACUGAUAAUCUCCCUCGAUCUGGGGCUCCACGCAAGUUCUCACCCCGUGGGGUCAAAAUGAUCACAAGAACGGUGAGCAAAAAUCCCAGAACCACACGGGGGGACCUAGUGAAUGACCUGCAGAGAGCUGGGACCAAAGUAACAAAGCCUACCAUCAGUAACACACUACGCCGCCAGGGACUCAAAUCCUGCAGUGCCAGACGUGUCCCCCUGCUUAAGCCAGUACAUGUCCAGGCCCGUCUGAAGUUUGCUAGAGUGCAUUUGGAUGAUCCAGAAGAGGAUUGGGAGAAUGUCAUAUGGUCAGAUGAAACCAAAAUAUAACUUUUUGGUAAAAACUCAACUCGUCGUGUUUGGAGGACAAAGAAUGCUGAGUUGCAUCCAAAGAACACCAUACCUACUGUGAAGCAUGGGGGUGGAAACAUCAUGCUUUGGGGCUGUUUUUCUGCAAAGGGUCCAGGAUGACUGAUCCGUGUAAAGGAAAGAAUGAAUGGGGCCAUGUAUCGUGAGAUUUUGAGUGAAAACCUCCUUCCAUCAGCAAGGGCAUUGAAGAUGAAACGUGGCUGGAUCUUUCAGCAUGACAAUGAUCCCAAACACACCGCCCGGGCAACGAAGGAGUGGCUUCGUAAGAAGCAUUUCAAGGUCCUGGAGUGGCCUAUCCAGUCUCCAGAUCUCAACCCCAUAGAAAAUCUUUGGAGGGAGUUGAAAGUCCGUGUUGCCCAGCGACAGCCCCAAAACAUCACUGCUCUAGAGGAGAUCUGCAUGGAGGAAUGGGCCAAAAUACCAGCAACAGUGUGUGAAAACCUUGUGAAGACUUACAGAAAACAUUUGACCUGUGUCAUUGCCAACAAAGGGUAUAUAACAAAGUAUUGAGAAACUUUUGUUAUUGACCAAAUACUUAUUUUCCACCAUAAUUUGCAAAUAAAUUCAUAAAAAAUACUACAAUGUGAUUUUCUUGAUUUUUUUUUCUCAUAUUGUCUGUCAUAGUUGACGUGUACCUAUGAUGACAAUUACAGGCCUCUCUCAUCUUUUUAAGUGGGAGAACUUGCACAAUUGGUGGCUGACUAAAUACUUUUUUCCCCCACUGUAUAUAAAACUAUAUAACUAAUAAACCAUGAAAGACAAAUUACUACCCUGUGUCUAUGUAACCUCUGAGAGAACACUUGAAUGCUUUUGACCCUUCCUUUUCUCUUCCCAGGUCUUAAUGCUAACCUUACAGAACGAUCCUCCCACCCUAGACACGGGUGUGGAGGACAAAGAGAUGCUGAAAAAAUAUGGGAAAUCAUUUAGGAAGCUAAUAACCCUGUGCCUUCAGAAGGAGCCCGCCAAGAGGUUUGUCCAUAUCUGCCAUUCUGUGAACUGCAUUAGGCCUACACUUCAAAUCUGAAGAGUCUGUCACUGGUUGAUGAUAAAGUAAAUCUGAUGGCCUUGGGUGUUGAUCGAGUCUCUGUCGAAUGUCAGACACAUUUCAGGAGAGUCCAGAAAUGUAGUCUUCAUGUUUAGUGGGCUCACUCAUACCCACCCAAGAAGAUCUAUUCUCACACAGAUUGUAGCAGUUGUACAUUCAGCUCCAGGCCAAUGAUUGGAAUGGGUUCUUAUAUCUCCAUGUAUUUUAUUUUUCUUUAGGCCUACAGCAGCAGAACUUUUGAAAUGUAAAUUUUUCCAGAAGGCAAAGGUAUGAUUUUACCUCCAGGAUUUUGCCUGUUCUAUUUGUUUGUCUGAGGCUUAAAGAAUUUGUAUGUAGAUUUGUUUAACAUGGGUUGUGAUUUUCAUUUGCAGAACAGAGAGUAUCUGAUCGAAAAGCUGCUAUGCAGAGCACCGAACAUAACCCAGAGAGCCAAAAGGGUAAUGUCUAAACAAACAUCAUUCCCAGUAAAGCAGCCUCAAUAUUGACUAAACAUUAUGAACAAAGUAUGGUAAGGUGUUAUGGGUUGGCAGUGCACUCCACCAGUCAACAGACAUCGAGUGUCCUCUCUCUCUCUCUCUCUCUCUUUCUGAUCAACACUUCAUUCACUUUGUGCUCAAACUGUUAUGUGAGGCUAGGCUGCAAAUAUGGGCCACUCCUGGAACAAUAUCAGUCAUGCAGAAUACAUGUGCUUACAACUCAUGCAUUAGUGGUCCGUAAUGUCGCUCAGACGCUCACUGCAAGUGGCAGACAAAGACAAAUGUGAUUUAAUGUGAGUGGUUAGGAAAUGGGAGGUGCACUUAAACAUACCAUUUGCAUGCUCAGUUUGCCUUGCGGUCACAGUGAACUGGGCAUGAGUGCAGCAGUGUGGCAGGCAAGGUUGAUAUUGGAUCGCCAUCAUCCUCCAUGUGGAUGACUGAAUGAAAUGGGUGCGAAGACCCUAUUGCCAGAAGGCAAAAAGCCAGGGUGAUUGAGUUGGAUGGAAAUUCACUUACAUGGCAUGGGUGACUGGAGGACAUGGGGGACUGUGGAGGUGUCGCGUGACCCAAUCAUUUAGCAGAGUAUAAUGUCAAUAGAGAGGGAAGUGACUCGUGACAGAGUUGUCAGACAGAGGGGCGGACAGUUGCUGGUCAGAACAACAGUCACAAUCAUUCAGAUCGUGUGUGUGUGUGGGUUGACUAAUUUGGUAAACAUGGUUUAAAGGUGCACUAUGCAGAAAUCGCUAUGCCAUUUCCUGGUUGGUGAAAUUCUAAUAGUUCGUCUAAUUUCAGUAUAUGUGACAAAACAAGUAAGAAUAUUGUAGAGAAUCAUUGCACCAUCUAAACCACUGUGAAAUAUAUUUUCCAUAACCAAAAAUAUUGUAUUUUCAGCUGUUUGACAGAGAGGCAUCCAAAAAGAAACAUCUCUGUCACUCUCCCUCCCAUCCUGCCCACCUUCCUCAGUCUGUCUAUCUCCUGAUCCCUCCCGGAGACUCCCUUCCUCCCUGAGCCUCCCUCCUCCCCUGCAGGUGUAUUCAUUCAACCAGAGUUAAUACAAAAUAGGAAUAUUCGAGACAUGUAUCUCUAGGCAAAUGACAGAAUUUUUACAGUUGUUCAUUGGCCAGAAGAGGGCAGCCCUGCUCGUUAGUUGAUCUCCUCAUAGGGAGACCCGCAGGACGUAUUGAUCAAAGAUUACUUCUAGAGGCUGACAUCGAGGGCGGUGCGUUGCAGCAGUCAUUGAUGUGUCACGUUAUUGAAAGUUGGAAGAUAAUACUGAUGUAAUACUGAGAUUGAUUUGCUACGCUAGUACACAGAUGAUACAGUAUCGAUUCAGAGCAUUUAUAGAUUGCUCCUGUAAUUUGCCUGUAUGUACACCUUCAUCCCAUAUUUUCCCUUUGUGCGUUUCUCUAAGUGUGCAUGCUCAUAAAUGUUCCUAUUACUAUUAAGUACUACAUGUAGUUGUUCACAUGCUUUGGCAGCUUGAUGGUGCCGUAUGUGUGUGUGUAAAGAGAUACAGGCCACUGAACUGUCACAUUCAUCCACAUACAGUGUGCAGGUGAUGAUGAUCAGAGUGGACUGAUGCUUUUUUGUUUUGCUCAAGGAGCCAGUGCAGAAUUCCAGGAGCAUGGGCUCUGUGUCAGGUUCGGAGAAAGAACUUGAUGCCAUCAGAAGGGUACAUGUUCUUUGACUUAGCCGUAGAAUGCUGGGUGUUUCCACUUAGAUUAAUCCAGAGUUAGCUGCUUAAGGAGUUGUGUGUGUUUCGUUUUCUUUGUUCCAUUUUGUUUUACUCUGUUCUUUUGUGCUCUGCUAGCUCGUAGCAGCCAUUUUGUAGACCUUAAAAACUCUCUGAGAGGAAUCCGAGCCCAAGUGUUUGUGCAACGCUUACUGGUAUCCACCUGCACUUUUUAUGAAAUAUUUCUAAAAUCCCAUCAGCUCAUAUGGGCCAGGUAAAUACCAUUUAAUGUUGUGUUGGUUUUGACCUUAGUGAGAGAACAUUAGAAGGUGUGUGGGCUACUAAAUGUGUUUUGUCUCUCAGCCCUACAGUUUGAUGGGAUGUUUAAACGGUUGUGGUGUGUUUGGCCUAGGUGAGGAGAGUUCCAGGGUCCAGCGGCCACCUGCACAAGAUGGAGGAUGGAGACUGGGAGUGGAGCGAUGACGAGCUCGACGUGGGGAGCGAGGAGGGCAAGGCUGCUGUCAAUCAAGGCAGGGUAGGUGAGACCAUGACAAGAGAUGCACAUCCAAACUUGGCCACUGUUGGGGAAAAAAGCGACAACUAACUCUUUUUACCUGUACUUUGGCUAGCAUGAUACUUCCUUUUUGUUUUGCCUUUGUACUUUUCUAGCUGAAUGUAUUUCUGUGAAAGCAGUGAGCGAGCUUUGUUUCACAGAGGGGCCUGUGACAUGUCGUUUAAAAUAGUUGGUAAAGGUUCUAGAUAUAGAUGCCUUACCUGAAAGUCUCUUACAGGGAAAAGUACACAAGGCAAAGAUGCAACAAAUGAAAUGCUUAUAAUGAUAUUCUACUUGGGUCAGUUUUCAUUGUCUGUUGCCUCCUGUACGCUACAUUAUGCUAAUUAUCUGCAGGGAUUGCAAUCUAAGGUGAUUGGGCUCUACAUCUGCCAGUCAUAUUUAGAUUUGUCAAGACUGAGAAUAUAAUUUUGUUUGUGUUUGAUAUUGCCUUCCAGUCGCGAAGGCUCAGAGAGGACAACGAAGAUGAGGGUGAAGAUGUAAGUUAGCUCUUUUCUGUUCUAUAAACAAAUAUGGAGUACACGAUUUGUCAUUGUUAGAGUCUUUUUAAUAUCAUAGAGAAAGACGCUUAGGUGUACUGUGGGUGAAGAUAGAUUGUUGUGAGUGUGUAAACCUGCACAUUGACCAAGAUAAUUGACUUACUUUGCCUCUGUCUGUUUCUGUGUAAUUUGAUUACUUUACAAAGGGCAUCAUUGGAAAAUAUAAUUGCCUGCCUCAACAGGGAGCAGGUUAUGUAUCAAUUAUGAAAUCUUAAAUAAAUCUAGUACAUCUUACCCGCCACAGUUUCUCUGACUCAUGGAUUUUAGCGAGGACAAACGUGUAUAGAUGCUUUCUCUAUUUGAUUGUUCAUAAACAAAAACAACAAAAUGUUGUACAUAUUGAUUGUUUUCUAUUGACUUUUCUCUAUUUGCUGACUGAGAUGAGCAAUGACCUUGACCUUGACCUUGAUCUUUAAGAUUUGCUAUUCUUAACAAUGUUCACCCACUAAACAGCCUUUCCAUAGCACCCAAAAAUAUAUAGUUUACUAAAUGCCUUUCGUUUUAUGCCACAGGAUGAGGAGAAUGCCAACAGUGUUCCCAUUGAAGGGCUAUCCAUUCAGCAUCCCCAGGUGAGUUUUUCAGUAUCAGCACCACCAGCAGCAGAGGCAGACGUUAUUUGUCAUGAUUCAGUGACCUUGAUGCCCCACUGAUUGUGUGUGAGUGUGUGUGACUGAGUGUGUGCCAGUCUCCCUGUAGCUCCUGGAGGGGCCCUUUCAGCAGGUAAUAAGUCAGAGUAAAUGGCCAUCCUGCUGAUACUGCCAGCUCUAAAGUCAUCUAAAAGGCCUGUGCCAUUCUCUCACUAGCCAUUGUCAUUUCAGAAAUGAGCCAGAGUAGUUUGAGGUUCACCCCCCGCGUCCGACAGUGAUGGAGGCCAUAAGUGCUACUGCGGUUCUUACUUUGUUGAGUCAGGAUCUAGUCAGUGUCAACAGAUUGUGCCUCCUCACAAAUUGAACUCAAUAAUAUUGUCAGAAUACACAAUACAAGUAUAUACACUGUAGAUAUUGAAUGUAUUUUGUGUGAUAUAAUUAAUGUAUUCUUCUGUUGGUUUUGUAGUUGAAUCAUUUCAGCAUAGUGCGAGAUACAGAUAUAUAUAUCUUUUUAUACUCCAGGAGAUAUUGAGAACUUUACUGACUCACCAGACUCACUCUUUACUUACAGGUUCAACCGUUUAAGAAGAACACAGGGCCCUAUAUUCAAGGUGCUCUGAAUAUGGUCCUAAGGCUAAGG